CGCUCUGGACAGCUACAGCCGGCAGCUGGGGUCCUUUCUCUCCGAGCUGUGAAGGAUUAGCAGCUAACAUGCCGACUGUCGGAAUAAAGAGGGACCUUCUCUUUAAAGCUUUGGGGAAAGCUUACACCGAUGAGGAGUUCGACGAGUUGUGCUUUGAGUUCGGACUGGAGCUGGAUGAAAUAACUUCGGAGAAGGAACUCAUCGGCCGAGAGCAGGGGGACGGCAAAGCGUCGGCCGCAUCUGAUGUCAUUCUGUACAAGAUCGAUGUUCCCGCCAACCGCUAUGACCUGCUGUGUCUGGAGGGGCUCGUCCGUGGCCUUCAGGUCUUCAAGAACCAGGUGGAGGCGCCUCGUUACAGACGUGUGAGCCCAGUCAGUGGGGAGCCUCAACGGCUUAUCGUCACAAAGGAGACGGCCGCAGUGCGACCCCACGCCGUGGCAGCCGUGUUGAGGAACAUCACUUUCACGCAGGAGCGCUACGACAGUUUUAUCGAGCUGCAGGAGAAGCUCCAUCAGAACAUCUGCAGGAAGAGGAGCCUGGUGGCCAUCGGGACCCAUGACCUGGACACCAUCCGUGGGCCGUUCACAUACACGGCCAAACCGCCCGGAGACAUCAGCUUCAAGCCUCUCAACCAGACAAAAGAGUACACGGCCACCCAGCUCAUGGCCCUCUACAAGGUGAGCGGCCGUAGGGCGGUGCUUUGGCUCAGACGGCCGCUGGCGUCUUUGCGAGCGGUGCUGACAGCGUUGUUGUCUCCCUACGUGCAGACAGAUAGCCACCUGAGGCAUUACCUGCCCAUUAUCGAAGACAAGCCGGUGUACCCGGUCAUCUACGACAGCAACGGCCUGGUCUUGUCCAUGCCUCCCAUCAUCAACGGGGACCAUUCAAAGAUCUCCCUCCAGACCAAGAACGUCUUCAUUGAGUGCACAGCCACAGACCUUACUAAGGCCAAGGUCGUGCUGGACAUGAUGGUCACCAUGUUCAGCGAGUAUUGUUCGCAGCCUUUCACGGUGGAGGAGGCUGAGGUGGUGUACCCAGACGGCAGGACCUGCACAUACCCAGAGCUGGCUUACAGGAAGGAGACGCUGUCCAGCGAGUUCAUCAAUCGGAAAGUGGGCAUUAAGGAGUCCACUGAGCGCAUUGCUCAGCUCCUCACCAGGAUGUGCCUCCUGUCCCGAGCCACGGGGGCUGGCGACGAGAUCGAGGUGGAGAUCCCCCCAACCCGCUCGGACGUCAUCCACGCCUGCGACAUCAUGGAGGACGCCGCCAUCGCGUACGGGUUCAACAACAUCCCCCGCACCACGCCGCGCACCUACACGGUCGCCAACCAGUUUCCGCUCAACAAACUGACGGAGCUGGUGCGGCAGGACCUGGCAGCGGCCGGAUUCACGGAGGCCCUCAACUUUGCCCUGUGUUCUCAAGAAGACAUCAGCGACAAGCUUAGAAAAAACAUCUCGGAGACCAGAGCGGCUCAUAUAUCCAACCCCAAGACGGCAGAGUUCCAGGUGGCGCGCACCACCCUGCUGCCCGGCCUGCUGAAAACCGUGGCUGCCAACAGAAAGAUGCCCCUUCCGCUCAAACUGUUUGAGAUAUCCGACGUGGUGCUGAAGGACGAGACCAAAGAUGUCGGGGCCAGGAACGUCCGGCGCCUGUGCGCCCUUUAUUACAACAAGAGUCCGGGCUUCGAGGUGAUCCACGGCCUGCUGGACCGCAGCAUGCAGCUUCUGGAGGUGAAGCCGGCCCGUGAGGAGGGGUACCACAUCCAGGCUGCAGAUGAUUCCACUUUCUUCCCCGGGCGCUGUGCGGAGAUCUUCGUGCGCGGGCGAAGCGUGGGCCGUCUCGGAGUCCUCCACCCAGACGUGGUCAGCCGCUUCGAGCUGACCAUGCCCUGCUCGGCCCUGGAGAUGGACAUCGAGCCCUUCCUUGGCCGCCCGGCUGAAAGCCUCCUCACGCACGACGUCCCCACGCGGCCGAGCGUCCGGCCGCCCCCCCACCCACCGUCCACCAACACCGUCUUUGGCGACCUGAGCACGCGGGCGGGCCUGGAGGCGCUGGACGGCUUCCUGGCCGACAGAAGCUACGUGGAGGGCUUCUCCGCCUCCCAGGCCGACGCCUCGGUGUUCGCCGCCCUCCCGCCCCCCCCCCCUCAGAGCCUCUGCCACCUCCGGCGCUGGUACAACCACAUCGGCUCUUUCCGGGCGGAGAGGGCCUCCCUGCCGCCGGCCAAGGGCCGCUUCGUGCUCCCCCCCGCCGGGCCGGACGCACCCACGGACGACGAGGUGGACCCGUGCGGUUCGGACCAGAUCUGA